CGCGGCUUAUUUCAUCGCCAAGUGGGAAAUUCUAUUUCUGCAAAAGAAGUUUUUAUUCUGUGACUUUUGUAAGAAGUUUAAUAACUGAAGAGCUAGCGCAGAUUGAACGGAACACGCAACGCACAAGCGCAGAACUUUAAACCAAAAAGAAAACAAGAAAAACUAACCAAGCAAAAAAAAAAAAGAAAAACAAAAAAAAACUUCCCCCCCCCCCUCACCGAAAGAGGUUUCCAAGCAAAGGAGCAAGCAAUACUCGCAGAGAAGUCAUCACAACAAAGUCGACAGGAUGGGCGAUGAAGGUGGCGGCAUGAGAGCUGGGGGCGAUCUCAAGUCCUUCUUAAUUGACUUCAUGAUGGGCGGCGUAUCGGCCGCCAUUGCCAAAACCGCGGUGGCGCCCAUCGAGCGCGUUAAACUGAUUCUCCAGGUGCAGGAGGUAUCCAAACAGAUAGCACAGGAUCAACGCUACAAGGGUAUUGUGGAUUGUUUUGUGCGCAUACCGCGCGAACAGGGAUUUGCAUCAUUAUGGCGCGGCAACUUGGCCAAUGUGAUACGUUAUUUUCCAACACAGGCUCUUAAUUUUGCCUUCAAGGAUGUGUACAAGUCGGUAUUUUUAGGUGGCGUCGAUAAAAAGAAACAGUUUUGGCGCCACUUCAUGGGCAAUUUGGCAUCUGGUGGCGCUGCUGGCGCCACUUCUUUGUGCUUUGUGUAUCCGCUGGACUUUGCUCGUACUCGUUUGGCCGCUGAUGUGGGCAAGGGAGGGCAGCGCGAGUUCAAUGGAUUGAUCGACUGCCUCCGAAAGGUGGUGAAAUCGGAUGGACUGAUUGGACUGUAUCGCGGCUUCAUUGUGUCCGUACAGGGCAUUAUUAUAUAUCGUGCCGCAUACUUUGGUUUCUACGAUACGUGUCGCGAUCAUUUGCCAAAUCCGAAGAAUACACCCUUCUAUGUUAGCUGGGGUAUCGCCCAGGUGGUGACCACCAUAGCUGGCAUUGCAUCCUAUCCGUUCGAUACGGUCCGUCGUCGCAUGAUGAUGCAGUCGGGCCUCAAAAAAUCGGAGAUGGUCUAUAAAAAUACCGCCCACUGUUGGCUGGUGAUUGCCAAGCAGGAGGGCCCCGCUGCCUUUUUCAAGGGCGCCUUUUCCAAUAUUAUUCGCGGCACUGGCGGCGCCCUUGUUUUGGCUAUUUAUGAUGAAUUUAAGAAGUACGUAUAAAUUAUCCGACACUCUCAA